AGUGCGCGUUUACACGUGGUGGUGAGCGGACGUGUGGUGCGCGUCGCUCCUCGCUCGCUGGUGUGUGUGUGUGCGCGUGUACGUGUUUCUUCUCUCGGCCGUGUGCGCGUCGUGUCAGCAAACCUUUGUAUCAUGUGCACACUGUGCGAGAGUGAGGAGGGCGGGGAAGGUGCAGGAGACGGCGGGGACGCUGCCCCCCCCACACCCAGGCACCACCACGCCAAGCACCACCUCAAGUACGGCGAGCUGGUCAUCCUAGGGUAUAAUGGUUUUUUACCACCCUGUGAUAAGGGUAGACGUAGAAGCAAGUUUGUGUUGCACAGACGCCAGGCGGCCAAUGGAGUCAAACCUGCUCGGCAUUAUGUGGUGCGAACACCACAAAAUACACAGGCUAUAUUGGACGCCCAGCAACACAGCAUCUCAUAUACGCUAUCACGAAACCAAGCGGUGAUUGUAGAGUAUCAGUUAGAUACAGAGACAGACAUGUUUCAAAUUGGUCGGUCGUCUGAAACACCCAUAGACUUUGUUGUUAUGGACACGAUACCUGGUGAUAAACAUGGGGAAUUGAAGGUGACGCAGAGUACAAUUAGCAGAUUUGCGUGUCGUAUAAUUGCUCACAGAACAACUCGCACCACUCAGGUUUAUGCUGCUGGCUUCGAUUCGUCGAGAAACAUAUUUCUGGGGGAAAAAGCGACUAAAUGGCAGAACAAUGGAGAAAUUGAUGGCCUGACAACAAAUGGGGUCCUCAUCAUGCAUCCACCAAGUCAAUUUUGUGGAGGAGAGGCCAAACCGGGCAUCUGGAGGGAAGUGUCAGUCGGGGGAGGUGUUUAUGCAUUAAGAGAAUCACGGUCUGCCCCACAGAAAGGCAUUAAGAUUGAUGAGGAAACAAAUGUAUUACAAGAUGGCACGUUGAUAGACUUGUGUGGAGCUACGUUACUAUGGAGGUCGGCAGAGGGUUUAGGAAAAUCUCCCACGAAACGACAUCUAGAACAGAUGGUGGACGAGCUCAAUGCAGGUCGUCCACAGUGCCCUGUAGGACUCAAUACCUUAGUCAUACCCAGAAAGGCUACCCUCACAAGCACGGAAAAGCAGCCUGUAGUGUAUCUGAACUGUGGCCAUGUGCAGGGUUUACAUGAGUGGGGUCAUGAGAAGGACUCGAAUUCCCACACUUGCCCUAUGUGUCUUAAGGUUGGGCCAGUAGUCAAGUUAUGUAUGGGCAUCGAGCCUGCCUUUUAUGUUGACAGUGGCCCUCCGUCAUUCUGCUUUAAUCCUUGUGGACAUAUGGCCUCUGAAAAGACAGUUAGGUAUUGGGCUGCAGUACCUAUUCCUCAUGGGACCAAUGGGUUUCAUGCAGCUUGUCCAUUUUGUGCUUCACCUUUAGAAGGUGACCCAGGCUUUGUCCGACUCAUUUUUCAAGACAACUGCGACUGAAUUCCCUCCUGGCAUUACACACACACACUAUAGUUAUCAUUGGACAACCUUUGGAAUCAUAUCAUCACAAUCCUACAGUUUGAUAUGCACGAUGUCCUCUUUUGUUGAUCAGGUUUUAACAGGUGAAACUCAAUUUGUCAAGACAUAUAUAUCGUUAGACUUGUUUUAUGCAACUAGAAUAUAUUGCUUGUUGAACUGUACAAUAGUAUGUAAAAGAAACAGUAGAGUGAAUCAUACCCACUGCUGGAAAGAGAGAGAGAGAGAGAGGGUUUUUGCAUGAUGUGUAAGUGGUUGACAAAACAAGAAAAACUGGCAUAUGAAAAAGUCUCUUGGAAACCGAGACACAGUGACCGCUCGCCAGCGCACUACACACCAAGCAUUGCCAAAGACGGCCUCACUUGCCAUCGCAUACCGGGUGUUGAUGUCAUCUUUUCAGUAAGUAUUAAUUCUGCCUACAGUGGAGACUCCUGUGCUGCCAAGCCUCAUCCUCAUGUGAAGGAAAGUUCAGUAGGAAACUUCUGUGAAGACUGUGAGUUAAAUGUGGAAAAAAAAACUUUGUUUGCAUGUCAAAGAAGUGACAAUGGAAAAAGGCAUUGGUUCUGAUGUGAUGGAAGUUUAUACAGUUUUAUAUAAUAAUCUCAACCAUGAAUAUGCCCCUUAUGCUGUUAUUGUAAAGAAAAGGAAGAUGUGUUACAUAAUCUUGCAGGUAUACUGUACAUGUUGGUAUAUAAGGUGGAUGCCUAAUAUUUCAAUUUUAAAAGUAGAUUUUAAACUAUACUUGGUGUAUGAGGUGAGUCAAGGUCUGGAACUUAGUGCUGAGAGCUUACUUUUCCAUUAAGCAUUUGCCAACCAUCCUACUGAUCAGUGGAAUGACUGUUUAGCAUGCUGUUAACCAACGCAUUCUUGGUUAUUUAAAAAACGACUUGUUCAUUUCAAAUAUUGCCAAAAUGCUGUCAGUUACCAUCAAACCUACCCAGCUGUUGUAGCAUAACCACUAGUGAAGUGUUGAUAUGUUGCCAGGCAUAAUUUUACCUUUUGAUUAAAAUUAUUGAUAGAUAUUCUUACUUUUAUGUUUAAUGUAGUACAUUAAGAUUGUGGCUCUAAAUUACAUUGCAGGUAUUUUCUUUAUUUUGUCAACUCUUGUUUUACUUUGGUAUGACUGUUCAUGCUCUUUGAAUGGUACUCUCAGCGAAACAGUGCAAUGCUGUUGAAUAGGUUUGUAAUAUAUGUUCAUUAUUUUGCUACACCCUCACAAUCAAAAUAGACUUACUGUGAAGAUUUGUUUGGAAAUGUCCAAUGGUAGGACCAAAGGAAUUAUGUAUGCUCUUUAGCACUGUCAUUGGUGACCCUCUAAACAACAGGUAGUUAGAGUUCAUAUUUUGUGCUUCAUGCACAGAUGACUCCUGAUUCUGGGAUGAAUUUUUUUAAAGGUUCAAAUUCCAUCCUAUACACCAACAUAUACAAUAUAUGAUUGAUAUGUCAGUGAUGAAAUGGUCCAUAUUUACUCUGUUUGAAUCCUGUAUUGCACUUGAAAUCCUUGCCCACAUCCUUGUAACAAUUGAGACCACUUUAGAAGUCAGAGCCAAAAAUAUAUAUACAAGGUAAAAUGUAUUUCCACUAAAAAAGUAAACCAUAUUUGCAGUAUUACCGCAAAUAAACUAAAAUACUCUAGUAUUAUUGUUUAGCCACCAUCUUUAUUGCUUAAAACUAUGUGACUUGUACGUUUGGAAGGCAGUGUUAUUUUAAAGCAUCCACACAAAUCAGGCUUAUAUAUCACCCUGCACAAAGGCUCAGCAUUGCCACUUCUUUGCAUGGUAUAGGGAAACAAAACCUUUUUUUAUUUCUAAAAAUGUUAUGAAAGGAAAAAAAAAAGGUAACAUGCCUAAUAUAGUGCCACUUCAACUUGCAGCAAUAAAUAAUAGCUAUUUGUAGACAGAACCACAGAAGUGCUUGCCAUAUUUCUUCUUAAUCAGCUGUUUCCAUUUAUUGCAUACAGGGCUAUGCAGCAUUAUGGCAUGUAUGUUAUCAGCUUUAUUCCAUAGGGCACUUAUCAGUUACAAGGUAUAUUGUAAGACUGCGUUGAUAAGGGACUUUUGAACUACCACCAUUUUCUGACCUUCAUUAGUUGUCAGAUUUGCAAGAAUUGAGGUUGAAAAGCCAGUAUUGACACUUUAUUUGAGCUAUUGAGCAUUCCAAUUAUGUAAAAGAUGCUUUUUUUCAGUCAACUAGUACUUAAGUUUUACCACAGGAACAGAAAAAAGAUCUGAGAGGAGAAAGGGAUAUUUUGUAUUGAGAAGGUGGAGAUGAAUGAGGUAGAAAAGUAUAUAUACAUAUUUAGUGUUUUACCAGCUCUGUAUAAUCACUGAAGUUAUAUGUGUCUUGUCUGUCUGUUGUGGACAAGAUCUUGGGUGAGAAAGCUGAGCUGUCGAGCCUUUUUUGGAACUAUCAAUAGAUGACACCAAGUACUUGGGAGGAAAACAGAGAGACAUAAAAGUUCAGUGUAAUUAAUUACCCCAAGUUUCAAAUGCCCUUUGUUAAUGGCAAGGAAAUCUUUCUUUUACUGUCAUAGAAAGUUUAUGAAAUUUCAUAAUUUUAGUGUUCAGAUCUCUUCAAAACUAUUAAAUUUUAAAUCAUUAGUUUGUCGUGACAGAUUAGUAUUAUUUUUGUUGAUAUUGUAUAUUUCUUAGUAUAUUCUUAAUAACAAAAAUAAUUUUGAAUAUUCUUUCUAACUUGACUGUAUUUUUUUUUUUUUUUUCCAAAACAAAAGAUUGGUAGGGAAAUAAUAUAGCUAAGUGUAAAGAAAAAGUUAAUUAAUAAAACACUUUUUUAAAAUAUUAAUACCCAUUGUCACCAAUAGAAUAUCUUGCGUUAAUAUUGAUUUUGAUCAGCAGUAUAUUAGUCUUGCAGUAUUAUUUGACCAAGAAGGGAAAGAUUUUCAUGAUUUUGACAUUGGGCUGUUGUUUCUGAAAUGUGUAACUUUCAUUUGUAAAAAGUGAAAAAUGAAAAUAUUUGCAAGAAAGAUGAAACUAUUGUUCCAAGUAUGAAUAGAGGAGAUGAAGCAUGAGUAUUAAAAAUUUAUUCGUUAUACAAA